CGUCCGUGCGCCAGCGAGGAAAGUGUGAUCCGCGCGAGUUCGAGGCGACGACGGUGAUUUUCUACGCGCGCGCGAUUGAAGAUGAGCAGGACAACGACACUCCAGCCGGUCGACAUCGAUCGGCUCCUGGAGGCGAUCCACAGCCUCCAGAGAUCCCUGGUCUGCGCGAUCUGCCUGGAGCUCAUAACGGAGCCUACCAAGACACGGUGCGGCCAUUCAUUCUGCAAGGCCUGUAUAUUAAAAUUACUGAAGAACCACUGCCCGCUGUGCAAGGAGAGCGUCAACAGACGCACCAUUUCCAAGGACGAUCACCUGCAGACCUGCAUCGAGAGGUUCAACGCGCUCGUCGCUGCCGUCCAGAACGACAGUCACUUGGACGACAUACUAUCGCUCUCGCAUCAGCCGCGCGAUACGAAGGAGAGCUGCUGUUAUCCGGACGCUAGACAAUCCAACUCCGACAAAGAAAGGUCGUCGAGGAAUGAGACGCCUACUCGCCAAUUGAAUCAAAACGCGGGCGGACAAAUCAACAGGCCGUCGACAAGUCGCGAAACAACGAUUGAUUGUUCUAAUCGUCCGCGAUGCGACUUCAACGCGCCAAACGAGAAGUCUGAACCUAUAUCGCCCUCCCCCCUCGUAUCCCACGGCGAUGAAAAUGACAAUGCGAUUCACAGCCUGCCGGAUAUUAAAGUUCGCACGUGGAUACACUCGAUGCCCCCCGAUAUACUGACCGCCGAUGAUUGGAUCGCGGGGGACGAAAAACCGAUCGAAGACAAAGCUAAGUCGGCGAAACCAAUAUCCGACGACAAUGGUAAAUCAGACGAGACCGGCGAAGUACGUCACGGCAAGAUCGACGCGAGCCGCAGAGCGAGCAGAGGUAGAAAACGUGGUACGGUUUGCCCAAAGCGUAUCGACGCGGACGACGCGUUGUCCCAGGUGGAUAAAGGGGCGAGGCAGAUUGGCGAAGUAAUAGAGAUCGAUUCCGCUGCUAGUGGAUUGAAAUACAAGGCGUGUCACGCCAGAGUACGCGCGAAGGAGAGCCACAGGAUUGCUGCGGGGUCCAAGUCGGUCAAUCAAAGUAAGUCGUCGUCACCGACGGCGGCGAGCGAUCGGGUCGCGACGUCCGCGCCUCCGAGACCGAGCACAUCCGCGAUCGCCAAGCAAUCCAACUGGUCCGGCAUGAUGGAGUUCAAGAAGGAGAUGAAACGGACGAGAAAGGGGAAGAUGAAGAGACUGAACGUGAGCACCAAGAAAAAUAGGGAUCAGCCUCGGAUAGUCGAGAACGUUAAGCUCUCGCCGAGCAGCAAAUUCGACUUGUCUGGCGUAUCGACGACUUCUAACAAAAGCGGAAAAGCGACCAACGUAUCUGACCGGUUAGAGUCGAGCGAUCGGAAACGGGAUGCGAGUGAUGGGAGUCUGGACUUAUCAGAAGUGACAUCGUUGAACAAGACCAGUCGUCAGACGGAAUCGCAUAACGAGAGUAAGAACGAUAAUCAGAAUGCAUCGUUCAUCACGCUGGAGGAAGGUAGGAAGUUACGCAUAUUAAAUCUGAACGCCAAUCAAGUGGGCAAAAUUAUCGGCCUCGAAAGUGCCGCGGAAGAUACUCAACGUUCACCGAAUCGACGUUGCGAGGAGAAUGUCGCUGAUUGCCGUGAUUCACCGCGAAAAAGAUCAGGCGUACCGACGCCGGAGAAACGCGAGGAACAUGUACACGAAAUAAUCCGUGUACAGGUUCCUCGGUUUUCUCCGGCGUUGGUCUCGCAAACUUCUACCGGCAACUUUAGAAGUUCGUCCCGCUUGCCGGCCGAAAAACAGACUCCCGGACCUCGAGAGACCCGUGACGUUCAAGGGAAAUCGAGUGGGGCUGCUUCUUCUCAAUUUUCGACGCCGAACAAGGGUAGAUUAUCCUUGAGAAGAAAGCCGGAGAUCGACGGUAACAGGGGCGUUGCUUCGCCACUAUCGAGUCAACUUCCGCUGUCGUACAGAAUAUUGAUUGACAAACGCAACGAAGAUGUUAGCGGUCGCAAGAGCGUCGAUUCGUCAGUACACGUGGACGGUGUGCCGUUUGAUCGACUGAAAGUUGUGAGACGUGACCUGAACUUCCAGGCAAUUCGCGAAGAUCAACAGCGGAGCAACCAGAACACGGUGUCCGCACGCUCCGGCACAGUCGAAGCUGGAGAUGGAAACGUUUCCGGAAUUGUUCGUCAGGACGGAAAGCUCGGUCGCGAUUCUGCGGCGCCGAGGAGGCCCGUCCCAACGGGAUCGAGGGGUCUCGAGAAUCAGGGGCAUCAGUCUCUCGUGAAAUUUAUGCAACUGGGCGCGUUAAUUAGGCAACGUAAUAUCAGAUAUUUUUACCUGGGCACGACUAAACGCGGGUGUUCGUUGCCAGCGGAAUGUCGAACUACUCCGAUUUGCAAUAUGCAGCAAUCGGUCAGCGCACACGAGGCAGCAACGUCUCUUAAUCCGUGGACCGAUUCGCUAAACUUGAGGGGCAUUACCGUGGUGGAGAAUACUGGUUUCGCGAAUAACUCGAGUUCGCACCAAGCGGCUUCAAAGGAAUUCCCCGCGUUACCAUCGAUUUGCGAAGCUCCCGCGACCUCGACGCCGAAAAGAGAUUUAAAUCGAUACAAGAGCGCGACACUCGUCCGCUCUUCGAGCGCAAAUCACCAGUCGGAUAAGUCAAUCGCUGAAGGAUCUCGAUCUCUUCGUGAAAUGUCUCGUGCGGAUAAGAGCGCCAUUCACGGGACAAUAAUCUCGCACACUUAUCCAGGAACGUCAAAUUCUAUUAAACUGCUGUCACCGGACAAAGAUUCGCAGCUGAAGUUCCUGGAGAUAGACUCCCCGAGCGAGCGCGAGAAGGCGAGACGCGCGAGCUCGAUUAAGUCCGCUAUCAAAGGAAACAACUUUUCCGAGAUGGAAAGCUCGCGCCUCGCAGCGUCGGCGCAGGAACCUUUCACCGAGGGCUCGUGCAAGAAGAAGAAAAGAAUGAGAUGCGCCAGUGACAGAAAGCUAUUUCAGGACGGGCCUGACGACGGAUGGUCCCGUGAUUCCCGCCACUCGGCCAGCGACGGCAAUCGAACCGCGGUGAAAUUUGACAAAUACAGCAAAUUAUCCGAGGAGGCGAGCUCGGGUCGUUUGGCCGCGAAUAAAAAACGUCGCUUGAGUUCCCCGGACAACCAAGAUGUCGCAAUCCCGUCGGUUUCUAAAGAACAGGACGCGCCUGGGACAAAAUUCACGAUGUCUGACUCGGACAUGGAAUCGAGAUCGGCGACACGUGUUGACACGAAAACUUUAAAGAGACACAGCGGCGAGUGUCAAUGGAGCGCAUCGAUUACGGACACGGCUGUGAAAAAAUGUUCGACCAGGCAGGAUUCUGACGGAGAAUCUCACCGUAUUCGGAAUAUCGAUGAAUGGAGCGAUGAACACGACGCAACGGAAAAAAGAUUGACGAAACAGGGUGGAAACUGCCAGAAUAGCGUCAAACCAAUGGGCAGCCCGCCCGAAGAAACCUCGGCGGGUCAUCAAUCGUCUCGUUCGAGCAACGUAUCCAGGACAGAGAGGAGCAAAGCCGCAAAGUCAAGCCAGAAAAGUCCCGCGAGGGAGUCGGAUAUGUUUGAGAGCAAUAGCCUGUUCAAUUCGGAAAAUCUGGACUGUAUACUGCAGCAGCAACCGACAAAGUCGAACGCGGACGACACAUCGAGGAAACGCGUGGACUCCUCUAACGACGACAUUAUAAACAGAGUGCUGCAGAUCGAUCGAUCGCGAAGUAAUCCCGGCGCAUGUCGACCGACAGUCUCUACUUCUGCCUCGUGGAACGACGCUACAGGUCAAAGAGAAAGGGACAGCGGGGAGGACUUGUUACAGGACAAUUUUAACGAGAUCAUGGCCAACGUCGAGCAGCCGCAAAGCAAGAAUCUACCUGGUGUCGAACAACCGGAACGCAAUCCCGAUCGCCCGCUGGCGAGACAGAAAACGCCCAGCUAUCCCGCGAUGACAGAUGAAUCGCGCCGCGCCACGCAGGAAGCUCCGAUCAUGUUCCCGUCAUCGACGAACGACAUGUUCGAGUGCGAUUCUCCUAGAAACAGCGAGUCACCUGCGACGAAUGCUAUCUCAAGAGAUUUUGACAAGAAGAAUGUAGCCUGCAGCCAGGAAAGACACGGCUACGUGAGUGACCAGAGAGACAGAAGGGAUGCAACGGCAAACGUCGACGCGUUUGACAAAGACUCACGUAAGAAAAUCGUAUCGAAGCACAAUGUAUCGCGAGAGAUGGACAAGUCCCUCGAGGAGCGUGGUGGUUCGAUACAAUCGGCGGGUCGGCUUCACGUUGACGAUGACGACACGCAAAAAGUAACGAUUGGCAACGGGUCAAAUUCGAAGGAUGAUACACUCGAGCAAGAUUCGUUCAUGAAUAUUACGCUGCAUCAAGCUCGGCUGCAAUUGUUUGAGGAGGAUCUGCUCGGCGUCGCGGCCCAAAAUCAAACAGAUGCGAGAAAAACGAUUUCGCAGGAAGCUUCACCCCGAGAGGAGCAACGCACUCCGAAAAGAAGAAGGCAGAAUACUCGGUGCAGAGAUGCGGAGCCAGAGGAACACUCGGCCGACGAGGACGACAUGGUGGAGGGGACUCCUGAGAAAAAGAUGAAGAGCAGCGCAGAUGACGUUAAAACGAUCAAACUAAGGGAUCGACCACGAGCAAGUACGCCUAAUAACUUCUUAACGUCGGUGUCGUCAACUUCCGAACGGACUCCGAGUACAUUGAGAUUGGGUCAGAUAGCUCGUCCUCGCUUGACUGACGCGAACACACCUACGACACCGUUCAGAAUGUGUCCAGCUGCGCAAAGUACGCCAAUGACAGGGCACAAUUCCAUCGUCAGGCCGUCCAGUCGUCUCGACGUAUCCGGCGGGAGCAGAAGGGUUGAGCGUGUAGAAAGCGGUAGCAUCUUGUUGGCGAAGCAGGUGGACACGAGGACGCAGCAGAAUGUCAGCUGGCAGCCUGUGCCUCAGGAGCGAGACCUGUGCUUCGUAUGCACGGGCUUGUCGCAGGGCGAGGUCGCCAUCGUCAAGAGCUUCGCGGCGAAGCACAACGCGAAUUACGUGAACCAGUUCGACUCUGACGUGUCGCACGUUAUCGUCAAGACCACCGGCGAGCAGAACGCGGCGAAGAGUACGUUGAAGUAUCUGCAGGGUAUCGUUCACCGAAAGUGGAUAGUCAGCUUCAGAUGGGUCCGGGACUGCAUUAUAGAGCAGAAGCUGCUGGACGAGGCUCCUUACGAGGCCACCACGGAGAUGGAGGAUGGUAUUAGCGUCGCCGGACCUCGUACCGCGAGACUAUGUGAGAGUGGUCUUUUUCAGGACUUCACGUUUCUGUGCGUCGAACCGUACGACAACGUUUCGCUGGAUCAGUACCAGCGCUUGCUACUCGCUGCCGGAGCCUCGUUGGUCAAUACCGUCGACGUUCUCGCUGAGAGAAGAGGCGUGAAGGGAAUUGUGAUCCAAGAGAAUAUUCAUGAUAAAAAAAUUAUCCAUCAUUGGUGCCGAGUUACCAAGGCGGCGGACAUUUCUGUGCAGUGGAUAGUAGAAUGUAUCGGCCAAUACAAAUUACUUAAGCUAACACCAUGUAUGACCAGUCUCUCGCCACACGAAUUGUAUGCUAUCGGCUACCCGCGAGAUCUCGUAGAAGAAGAUAAGGAUUUCGUCGACGAUGAAUAGACAGAAAAAAUGCGCGUGUUCGUUGAUAUUCCGUGCCAUCAUUUAAGUUUAAGUUUUCAGUAGAAUAAACGAAAUGGCUACGAUAGAUAGAUUUACAAUUAUUUGGUAGUACAGUAAUGGCUACGAUAUUUACUGUACUACCGAAUAAUUGUAAAUUUAUUUUUUGUUCUAUCCAAUAUCUAUCAUCACGAUACAAACUGUUAUAUACGACUUCAUUGUUUCUACUUUUGUACACAGUAUAUAUGAGCCAACGUUACCAAGUAUAUUGUAAUUUAUUUAUGUUUUCCUAAUACAGAACGUUUUCUAUUCGCUGAA